GAGGCGGCAGCUAUCCCGGGAGAGAGUGCAAUUAAAAGCGCCCACACCUCUCCCUGGGAGACCAAGGAGGUUUGGAAGGGACCGUAGGGACCAGCCUGAGCGGGGAUGCGGCGUCGAGGCUGGUGGGGUCGCCUGGGAGCCCUGGUACCACCCCACCCCAGUCAGGAGACUCCAGCUCCUCCCUCGGUCGGCCCUCCCGGCCCGGGAACAGCGCUGCGCCUUUAAGAGCGCGCGGCCCCGCCCGCCCCCUCGGGCCGGAUCCGAAUUCCAGGGAGGCGGGGCGGAGACGGCGGGCGGGCGGGUGCGGAGGCCUUUGCCGCGGGACCGGAUCGCUGUGGCUCGGGCGGCGCCUGCCUGCGGCGGCCCGGCCCCGCUCGGCCCCGCCGGGGCGAUGCUCCCCGAGGCCGCAGGAUGAGCCAGGUCCUGCAAGGAAGGUACUAUUAUUGUACCCAUUUCACAGACGAGGAAACUGAGGUACAGUGAAGUUUCUCACAGCCAGCACGCAAAACCGGGCAUCUGGCCUGAGAUGACAGGCGAGUUGCAAGUGGUCAGCGGCUUAGUCUGUCUGUACUGAGUGCUUCCUGGGUCCUCAUAGCAGUCCUGUGUCCCUGCCCACCCACAGUGACUCGGCUGGCCCGGGCAUGGCGGACCCGGUGGCGGGCAUCGCGGGCUCGGCAGCCAAGAGCGUGCGGCCGUUCCGCUCGAGUGAGGCCUACGUGGAGGCCAUGAAAGAGGACCUGGCCGAAUGGCUCAACGCCUUGUACGGCCUGGGUCUGCCCAGCGGUGGUGAUGGCUUCCUGACGGGGCUGGCCACGGGCACCACCCUGUGCCAACAUGCCAAUGCUGUCACCGAGGCCGCCCGCGCUUUGGCCGCUGCCCGUCCAGCCCGUGGGGUGGCCUUCCAGGCGCACAGCGUGGCACCCGGCUCUUUCAUGGCCCGCGACAACGUGGCCACGUUCAUCGGCUGGUGCCGAACAGAGCUGGGUGUGCCCGAAGUGCUCAUGUUUGAGACCGAGGACCUGGUGCUGCGGAAGAACGAGAAGAGCGUGGUGCUGUGCCUGCUCGAGGUGGCACGGCGUGGGGCCCGCCUUGGCCUGCUCGCCCCUCGCCUUGUGCAGUUUGAACAGGAGAUUGAGCGGGAGCUACGAGCUGCCCCCCCUGCCCCCCAUGCCCCCACAGCCGAGGAGGACACCCCCGAAACUGCCACAGCAGCAGGGGCUCCCGCCCGCGGGCCCCGCAUGACACCCAACGACCUGCGCAACCUCGACGAGCUGGUGAGGGAGAUCUUGGGCUGCUGCACCUGCCCAGACCAGUUUCCCAUGAUCAAAGUCUCGGAGGGGAAGUACCGCGUGGGAGACUCCAGUCUCCUCAUCUUUGUGCGGGUGCUGAGGAGCCACGUGAUGGUGCGCGUGGGUGGCGGCUGGGACACUCUGGAGCACUAUCUGGACAAGCAUGACCCUUGCCGCUGUUCGUCGUCGGCCCACCGCCCGCCCCAGCCCAGGGCUCGCGCCUUCUCCCCACAGAGGGUGUCGCCCACCCCCAGCCCUCGCGCAGGCAGCCCAGCCCCUGGGGGUGAGCGGCGGAGCUCCCGGCCAGAGGUGACGCCCAUUAGCUUACGCACCUCAAAGGAGGGAACAGAGACCCCCCUCAGGGCCCGGGACCAGCUGCCCCCCCAUCCCCGCUCCCGCCGCUACUCCGGGGACAGCGACUCCUCUGCGUCCUCAGCCCAGAGCGGCACCCUUGGUGUCCGCAGUGAAGACUCGGGCACUGGCCCCCAGAGGGAGCGGCCCAGUCGGCGGCUGACCACUGGCACCCCAGCCUCCCCGCGACGGCCCCCUGCUCCGCGCAGCCAGUCCAGAGACCGACUGGAUCGGGGGCGGCCCCGUGGGGCCCCAGGAGGCAGGGGAGCCCAGAUGUUGGCCCCCAGCCCUGCCCGACGGGCCCGGAGCCAGAGCCGUGAGGAGCAGACCAUGCUGUUGGUGCGCAGGGACCGAGAUGGGCAGCACUCAUGGGUGCCCCGGGGCAGGGUCAGCGGGGGCUCAGGCAGGAGCAGCCCCCAGACUCCCCGGGCUCGCAGCCCUGCAGCCCCCCGGCCUCUCCGGGUCUCCAGCCCGGGUCCAGAGUUGGGCGCCACACCGGCCAGUGUCUUCCGCACCCCCCUGCAGCUUGACCCGAAGCAGGAGCAGCAGCUGUUCCGGCGCUUGGAAGAGGAGUUCCUGGCCAAUGCCCGAGCCCUUGAGGCUGCUGCUGGCAGGACCCCCACGGGACCAGCCUCUGACCCAGCUCGGGCCCCAGACCCUCCAGCUCCUGACUCAGCCUACUGUUCCUCCAGCUCUUCCUCUUCAUCCCUCAGUGUUCUGGGUGGCAAGUGUGGCCAACCCGGGGACUCUGGCCGGAUGGCCAAUGGGCUGCCUGGGCCCCGAGGCCCAAUCCUGUCCAGCUCUUCUGAUGAAGGCAGCCCCUGCCCCGGUGUGGGGGGCCCACCAGAUGCACCUGGGAGCCCCCUGGCUGGCCUGGAGCUCCCGAGGACCUGGGCACGGGGCCGGAUGGACACACAGCCAGACCGAAAACCCUCACGCAUCCCGACGCCUCGGGGCCCUCGGCGCCCAUCUGGAUCCACAGAGCCUGGGUCCUGGCAUGCCUUGCACUCCGUGAGCCCAAGGGCAGAGCCGGAUUCCUGGAUGUGAUGAACCAGCCCAGCUGCCCCCCAGGCCCCCAUUCCUUCUCUUCCUUUUCCUUCGUGGCCUUAACCCCUCUGCAUCAGGGAGCCCCCCACCCCCACCCCUGCCUCUUGGGUACCAGACCUCAUGGGACCAGACCCCUUGGGACCACAUGGCACAAUGGGACCUCUGUUGUACAUUCCGGUUGGGGGAUGAGCAUUGCUAUUUAAUUACUAAUAUUAUUGAAUGCCUUAGAGGAGGCCAGUGAGGACCCCUCCUGAGGUCCUGUGGCCCUGCAGAGCCUGACAAGUAAAGUAUUGUUCCAGCCA